CUAUGCAGCAACCAGAUUGCAACCCCUUGCCAUCCAUGAUCUAACCCCCGCACUCGGGUGCCAUCAGAUCAUGCCCCUCCAUUGCGCAUCUCUUCAUCAUACCUAUCCAGGCCUGCCAAGCUGACCCGAUACUACUGCAGCCCAUUUCGUCCUCAUUCGUGCCAUCCUCUGCUUGAGUCGCCAUGUAUAGAGGACGAGGGCGGUUCUCUGGAGAGUCCAGGGAGCCAAGCUACGGACGCGGCAGGGGCAGAGGGAGAGGGGAUCAUCGCUUCGAAAGGGCAUCUCGAGACUACAGCAGGGGCGAGCGCGCCAGAGACGAUCCUUCCGCACCGCCGAAGCUGACCGGCGCAAAUAUCGAUGCUGCCGCCGCCGCUUCUGGCGCGGCCUCGGGUCGACCAGUGCGUGCAUGGGGUGCUGCUGCGACUCCUACCGCUGGCUCCACAUCCGCCACCGAGUCACCUCACGCCACUGCCAAGUUAGAUGCACACCAGCCGCAAGAGAAGGAAGGAAGCGACUCUGACGAGCUAGAAGCUGGUGAGAUCGCGCCGUCACCUCCUGGCUCUCCCAAACCGCGCGGCGACUCCACCCGUCAAGCGAGCCCCUCGGUGUCGUUCACCGCAGAUAUUGAUAGGCUCAACCCGCGCAACAGGCCCUUCGAAGAGCGCGCUGUCAGAGGACCCCGAGAGAGGUCGCCUCCCAGGUAUUCUCGAAGCUCCUAUCAACCACGCCACCGCUCUCCAGUACGCGCAGCUCCAAGAAGUCGGUACGACGAGCCCGUGAUUGCCAGAGGUUACAACAGCGCACCGAGGCCAAGGGAGAGGGAGAGGGAUUGGGACAUGGACAGCUAUAGGCGUGGGCCAGACCCCGACAGAGAUUGGGGCAGGGCAAAUCGCAGCCGCUACUCCACGCCAUCGCGACACGAAGCGUUGCCAGAUGCCGAGACUUCGAGACUCGGCAGCAGGACGAGCAGAAGCCCAGUAAGCCAGUCGCAGUCGCAGGGACACAGCCGUACAGCUAGUCGAGCAGUCAGUCCACUCGAUCGUGCUCGGCCUCGAAGCCGCGAAAGGGAGAGAAGCGAAUGGGACGCCAAUGCAGAACGCACCAGAGCGAGAGACAGAAGAGAUCGCGAAUUGGAGUGGGAGCGGGAGCGCCAGCGAGACCGAGAGAUUCACUCUGCGCGUGCACCAAUGGCAAAAGGCGAUCGAGUUGCACUCUCCGAUCGCAAAGACGAGCGCGAUGGUGAUUCUGCUCGUUUCUGGCCGGCUUCGUCAAGACCACAAAGGGAUCGAACGCCAGAUCGACGGGAGAACGCUUCUUCACGUGCUCCCUCAGAACCGCGGAGACAAGCGCGGAGCCCUGCGCACCGAUCGCAUUCUCCAGAAGCCAGCACACGCCACGCGACCACCACGUCUGAGGCAGAGCGGCGUGCCGGCAAGUCUUCCGCCGGGGUCGGGGCGAGCAAUGACCGCGAACCGCAAGUCUCACAUGUCUCCCCGCCCAACGGAACGGGCUCGUCACGUCCCGCAAUCUCCACGGACACUGCAAAGACAGAGGCAUCUAAACCAGCCACACCUACUGGUCCGGCAAGCACUUUCGGUAAUGUCCGACCACCCACUGGCCCUUCGUAUCGUAGGAGAAUGGGACUUCCUCCUGUUUCUGGUCCCAGAGGGCCACACCACCACGCUAGCACUGGACCAGCAGGAACUGCAUUCCACAGACCCCCUGACCCUCCAGCAAGAUCGCUUGCGCGUAAAAAGGAUGCUGGUGGCGCACCACUCGUCAGUGACCUGCUGCCGGUGCCAAAUUACCUGCACGCCGGACAAUCCGAGGUGACCAUGCGCGAUGCCGGCGAACAAGAGCAAGCAGUGCAACCCGAACAAGGCGAAUUGCACCCUGAGUAUCCCCCCUAUUCAGAUGAACAUAGUCAGGCAGAUUCUUUGUUGCGCGACAACGCAGAAAUAGAGGCGGAACGAUAUCACUCCCACCUACAUCAACAACAGGCGUCCCAGGCGGAAACGUCCGUGGGCCAAUCGGUCGAGCCUGCGGUUGCGGAGCAUGCCCGCCAAGACUCAUUCGCGAGUGCAUCUCAGAGCAGCGUCCACUCGCGACAGCAAACAGGCUCACAAUCGCAGCAAGCUAGACCGGCAAUGGCGCCGCCCCCUGGUCUCUCUAGAUUGUCGUUUUCGCAAUUGAAUCCGAUCGCGACAAGCGCUAGCUCCACCCCGGGCGGCAGACCGACGCCUGGAGGCACUUUCAGCAACGUGACUCCAAACACCCCUGCUGUGCCGGGCACUCCUUUUGCGUAUUCUUCCCGCACACCACUCGCUUCCAGAGGAGGGUCCCUCAGCGGACCACCGACAGGUCCUGCCGCCGGUAUAAAUGACGGCGCGAUCCCUACUGGGCCUUCUUCCAGGUCUCAAUCGCAAAAGCCGCCCGGGCUGACCAGCAACGGUUUGCAAAUACCCACAGCUGCGCUAGCACAGCAAUUGUAUCCUAAAAUGGAUCCGAACAUCGCGCUGGAGUUACUGUCUGUGCAGACAUCGCGACUGACCUCAGUGUUUGGACUAUACUCUGCUCGAGCAAAUCUGAGGGCAGCCCAAAGGGAUGUCAAGGAUGCGGACAGGGAGUUGGAAGCUGCAAGUUUGAAGAGGGACAUCACUUUGGAAGCGCUUGAGAAGGCACGCACAGGGGCUGAGCUUGCUAGCGUGGAGGAGGAGCGUCGAGAGGUGGAAAGACGCAGAGGGCGAGAAAAGGGACUUUUUGUCUGAUCGUCAUGUAUUCCACACCUGCGCUAGAGCCUACGAAUAAAGCCCUUGCUCCAUG